AUGGAGAUCCCCGAAGUACUUGGGCUCCUGCUAGAGCUCUCGAGUCUGUUAUCCUGUCUCAGAUGCGUGGAGGCUUUCCUGGGAUCCCAGCCCAACCAAAACCAUUUGCAGAGUGCAGCGUCCAGCGUGUGUGGUGUCGGACCUCUUGGGUAUUACAAUGGCUCGCUGGCGGUGACUGAGGCCGGGGCAGAGUGCCUCAAUUGGGCAGAGUUCCCCGAUUAUGUUCAGCAGUACCCAGACCGUGGCUUGGGGGACCACAACCACUGCAGGAACCCGGACGGAGGAACUACACCCUGGUGCUUCUACCGGCUUGCGUCAGGAGUCAUCGGCUGGGCUAACUGUGACUGUAACCAAGGUGCUGUGCGGUUGGCUGAAGAUAGUAGUGUGGAGCUGUACUUCAGUGGACUCUGGGGCACCAUCUGUGCUGACCACUGGACUGACUGGGAUGCCAGUGUUGUCUGCAGGCAACUAGGUCUCAGUGAGAUCGGGACGGCUGGGAAGAAGAGUCAUCCCGGACUGUGGCCUGUUCCCCUGCACCUGCAGUCAGCAAACUGCCAUGGGGAUGAGAAAGCCCUGCUGCAGUGUAGCUAUCGGGAAGCUGUGUCAGGAGCUUGUAACCAGGGGAGUGCCAUGGUAACAUGUGUCCCUCCAGAAGGUGUAGGUGCCCCGCUGCGUUUAGUUGGGGGAAAGGAGAGCUUUGAAGGGCGAGUGGAGGUUUACCAUGAUGGCAAGUGGGGUACCAUCUGUGACGACCAGUGGGACGACCGGGAUGCUGAAGUAGUUUGUAGGCAGCUGGGACUCAGUGGGAACCCAAAAGCCUUGUCAUGGGCUCACUAUGGGCAGGGAUCUGGCCCAAUCCUGCUGGAUGAAGUGGAGUGCUCAGGCAAUGAACUCUCACUUGACCAGUGCAAGAAGAGUGACUGGGGACAGCAGAACUGUGACCACAUUGAAGAUGCUGGGGUCUCCUGCGACCCUUUCACAGAGGGCACUGUCAGGCUGGCUGGUGGCCGCAGCCCCAGCGAAGGCAGGGUAGAAGUUUAUUACAACGGAGACUGGGGCACAGUAUGUGAUGAUGGCUGGACAGACCUCGGUGCCCAGGUGGUCUGCAGGCAGCUGGGCUUCAGUGGUCCUGCUACCCUGGCCUCUGAAGGGGACUAUGCUGCUGGCCAAGGCUUUAUCUUACUGGAUGAUGUGGCUUGUCUGGGGACAGAGCUGUCCCUCCUGGACUGUCCCCACAGCAACUGGGGGCAGCAUGACUGCUCACACGCUGAGGAUGUGGGAGUCCGCUGUUCCCCCGAGAGCAACACAGUCAUGGAUGGCAGCCUGGGGCCUCCUGUGCGGCUGGUGGAUGGAGAAACCACCAAGGAGGGACGGGUUGAGGUAUUCCUGAAUGGGCAGUGGGGCAGCGUCUGUGAUGAUGGCUGGACAGACAGAGAUGCUGCAGUAGUUUGCAGGCAACUGGGAUUCAGUGGUACAGCAAAAGCCAGGGCAAUGGCUUAUUUUGGUGAAGGCCAUGGGCCCAUCCAUAUGGACAACGUAGAAUGCAGCGGCACGGAGCACACCCUGGGGCAGUGUGUCAGGCCUGACACCGGCAUUCACAGCUGCUGGCACAGUGAGGAUGCUGGUGUGAUCUGUGACUAUGUGGAAGAGAAGGUCCAAGACAUCAGAAGAACAGGUCCAGAAUCUGGUGUGUGUGGGAUGCGCCUGCUUCACCGUCGCAAGAAAAGAAUCAUAGGUGGAAACAAGUCUCUCAGAGGUGGUUGGCCAUGGCAGGCCUCACUACGGUUGAAGGGCUUUCAUCGAGAUACUCGUCUGCUGUGCGGAGCAACGCUGAUCAGCAGCUGCUGGGUAGUGACUGCAGCCCACUGCUUCAAAAGGUUUGGUGUUGAUGUGCGGCGCUACCUGCUGCGGGUGGGCGAUUACCACACAGGUGUGAAGGAUGAGUUUGAGAGGGAGCUGCCCGUGGAGCGGAUCGUCCUCCACAGGAACUACUGGGCCGGCAGCAACGAUAAUGACAUUGCCCUAGUCCGGAUGCGGGGCAGAGAGGGGCACUGUCUCUCCUUCAAUCGCCACGUUCUGCCUGUCUGCCUGCCUGACAGGAAAGAGAAGUCUGACGUCAACAGGCAAGCUUGCAUCAUCUCUGGCUGGGGAGACACAGGGAAGUCCUAUUCGAGAACCCUGCUGCAGGGGGUGGUGCCUCUUCUCCCACGGGAAGACUGUGAGGUCCGUUACGGGCAGAAGUUCACUAACCGCAUGAUUUGUGCUGGGAACCUCUCCGAAGAUAAACGGGUGGACAGCUGCCAAGGUGACAGCGGAGGGCCACUCAUGUGUCAGCGGUCAAAUGGACGCUGGACCAUUUUGGGGAUCACUUCCUGGGGUUACGGCUGUGGUCGGAAGGAUUCCCCCGGUGUGUACACAAAGGUCAGCAAAUACGUACCCUGGAUCAAGAAAGUGACCAAGCUAAAAUGA